AUGGGGCAAGAAAAGGCCCUGCUUCCGGCGCCGGUCACUGUGGCUUUCUCGUGGGAGCACGAGCCGAUCGUGCCCAAAGCGGCCAUUGAUGCCGGUGGUGGCAUGCCGCAAAGCCCAAAGAAGGCGCCGGCCACCGCGCCGACGCGGCGGCUGUCCGUGCCGCCGCCGCCGGGCCGGCCGUUGACGAGGGGCGUCUCGCGCGCCGUCCGGCCGGAGGACGACCCGUUCCUGGCUGCGUACCUAGCCUGCACAAAGAGCACCGGCGGCCGAGGCGGCGACGGUGGGAGGAGGGCGGCCAAGGAACAGCGGCGGUUCGCGUGGGCGGGGCUCGGGCUGGGCAGCCUGUCCUGCAAGAGGAACAACGGCGUCGUGGAGCAGAGCAUGGUGAGGAUAGCCAAGCUGCCCGAGCUGGAUCCUAGAGAUGCUUGAUUCUCCUGAGUCCUGAUCAAUCAUCUUCUUCUUUGGUAGUAUGGUUUUGUAGUAGAAGUACUGCUGAUUAAGUUCAGUUAAUCGUGUGAAAAACUUUGUGGUUAGGAGAAUUAGAAAGUGUAAUCCAGAAGAAAUGGAAGAGCACUCUGCAGCAUCUUCUGGAUUCAGAAUAUGUCAGGUUCUGCAACUGAUCUGCAGCAGCAAUCUUCAGCUUUCUGUCUUCUCGAUUCAGAAUACUUCCUUUUGUGGGUUGCACAUCCAUGA